ACGAGAUGUUGGCCGACCCGCUCAACCGCGCCAUCGUAGUGGAGUGGGAUGCCACCCUCAAUCACAGGCUGCCUGAUCACGUCGACGAGAUGCUUGGGCAGAUCCGCUCGGACAUGUGGCGCCUACAGCGGGACCUCAGCCUGCCCUCCCAGCCGUUCAAGGAUGCCGUCGAAGUGCUCGACUCCGGAGGCACGGCGGUUAAGAGCAGCCUCAGGAGGAGGCAGAUGGAACUCUCCCGCCAGAUCAAGGAGAAUAUCCAGGACCUCAUGAGUGAGAGCUACGCGAGGGCAGAAGGUGAACGGGGCCCAGGCAUGGACGUGCGGCAGAAGCAGGUGAUCCAUGACCAGGUCUCUCACAACGGCCCCGACAUGUUCAGAAAAGCCUCGGACUUCCUCACCGGGGAGCUCGACGGCCUGCUCGAGCACCUGAGGGAACAGCUUGCUGCGCUCGAGCAUGAUGUGCUGGUCGCCCUCGAGCGCGCGAUGGUCCUCACGUGCGCGCACGCCGACGAGAUGAAAGCUCUCCAGCGCCUUCGCGACGCGUGCGCGUCGUCGGUGGCAGGUGCUCUUUCCGACAUUUCCGCCAUUGCCGCCCAGUGUCAGGAGCUGAGCGAGCUCGCUUCCGCCAAAGAGGCGGCCGUGCGAGUUGACAAUGCCACGGAUGACGGCGCCACGGAUGAGUCUGCGGAGAUUCCUCACGAGUGUUUUUGCCCGAUCACCCAGAGCAUCAUGAGUGAUCCGGUGAGCACCGCCGAUGGGCACACCUACGAGCGCGCGUCCAUCGAGAAGUGGCUGGAGGAAAACACCACCUCGCCGGUCACAGGUCUGCACCUCACCAACAGGACGCUGAUCCCCAACCACAGUUUGCGUAAAAUCAUCGGCGAUUUGGGCCUGUCGUGACGGACGUGCCGAUGUCGAGGUUGGGGCACAUUUCGCAGAGCUCAAAAGCCUCUGUGGGCGGCCACCAGCUGUGAGCCUUCUGCCCCCAACGUAGGCUGAGCAUCGAUUCGUGCCCCCCCACCACCACUCUCUCUCCUCCUGCCUCCCGCUCCUUCCCUCCCCCUCCACUCUGCGCGAUACUAGGCGCUAAGGCACCAGUGAGUCGUGCCGCGUUGGCAAUCAGCGCACAGACAGACGCCGCGACGCGAGUCUCGGCGCCCGCGCGCAGAUCGGUUUAGGGGCUGCGCCGCUCCCGAUUAUCUGGGCAUCUGGAGGCCGGCGCUCGCAGCGGGGGAGGGCCUGCGAGACACAAGAUUGCCAUCGGUCGGCGGGCCGACCUCCUUCUCCUCCUCCUCUUUCUCAUCCUCCUCAUCCUCCUCCUCUCCCUCGUCGGCGUCCUCGUCUUUCCUCCUCCACUGCUGUCUCCUGCGUCGGCGUCACUGUUGCCCAUCGCCGCCCUUCCUCUUUUUCAGGGUUGGGUCAGCUCCACUGCCACUUCCUGCCGCAUGGGUCGG